AUGCAGAGGGAUGAAACUCUCUCUCUACGCACAGUCUUCCCCUCCCUCCAACCCCAUUCUGUCCCUCCUUCCAACCCCAUCCUGCCCCUCCUUCAACCCCAUUCUGCCCCUCCUUCCAACCCCAUCCUGCCCCUCCCUCCAACCCCAACCUGCCCCUCCCUCCAACCCCAUCCUGCCCCUCCCUCCAACCCCAUCCUGCCCCUCCCUCCAACCCCAUUCUGCCCCACCAUCCAACCCCAACCUGUACCACCAUCCGACCCCAACCUGUACCACCAUUCCAACCCCAACCUGCCCUCCCAUCCAACCCCAACCUGUACCACCAUCCGACCCCAACCUGUACCACCAUUCCAACCCCAACCUGCCCCACCAUCCAACCCCAACCUGCCCCACCAUCCAACCCCAACCUGCACCACCAUCCAACCAACCUGCCCCACCAUCCAACCCCAACCUGCCCCACCAUCCGACCCCAACCUGCCCCACCAUCCAACCCCAACCUGCACCACCAUCCAACCAACCUGCCCCACCAUCCAACCCCAACCCGCCCCCCCCAUCCAACCCCAACCUGCCCCACCAUCCAACCCCAACCUGCCCCACCAUCCAACCAACCUGCCCCACCAUCCAACCCCAACCUGCCCCUCCCAUCCAACCCCAACCUGCCCCUCCCUUCCAACCCCAACCUGCCCCUCCAUCCAACCCCAUCCUGCCCCUCCCUCCAACCCCAACCUGCCCCUCCUUCCAACCCCAACCUGCCCCUCCCUCCAACCCCAUCCUGCCCCUCCCUCCAACCCCAUCCUGCCCCUCCCUCCAACCCCAACCUGCCCCUCCAUCCAACCCCAUCCUGCCCCUCCCUCCAACCCCAUCCUGAACCUCCCUCCAACCCCAACCUGCCCCUCCCUCCAACCCCAACCUGCCCCUCCUUCCAACCCCAACCUGCCCCUCCCUCCAACCCCAUCCUGCCCCUCCCUCCAACCCCAUCCUGCCCCUCCCUCCAACCCCAACCUGCCCCUCCAUCCAACCCCAUCCUGCCCCUCCCUCCAACCCCAUCCUGAACCUCCCUCCAACCCCAACCUGCCCCUCCAACCCCAACCUGCCCCUCCCAUCCAACCCCAACCUGCCCCACCAUCCAACCCCAACCUUCAUCACCAUCCAACCAACCUGCCCCCCCCUCCAACCCCAACCUGCCCCUCCCUCCAACCCCAACCUGCCCCUCCUUCCAACCCCAUCCUGCCCCUCCCUCCAACCCCAUCCUGCCCCUCCCUCCAACCCCAACCUGCCCCUCCCUCCAACCCCAACCUGCCCCUCCUUCCAACCCCAACCUGCCUCUCCUUCCAACCCCAUCCUGCCCCUCCUUCCAACCCCAACCUGCCCCUCCCUCCAACCCCAACCUGCCCCUCCCUCCAACCCCAUCCUGAACCUCCCUCCAACCCCAUAUGCCCCUCCAUCUCAACCCCACCAUAG